GGAAAGACUUAAUUUUUUCCGACGCUAAAACCAUCAAAUAGGGCGCAAUUUUCUAAAAGUCUGCAGUCAAUACACUGAAAAUGGCCAAACACGUCGGUUUUCUGUUGUUGAUCGGGAUUGGGUUGAGUGCGAUCGCUGCAGCUUCGUAUGGAGGUUCCAUUGGUGAACUGGAGUUUGCGGACAUUGAGGAGCAUUUGGAAUCGCUGACUUCUGCAAGCACCUCUAUUGGCGAUAUCAAAGACGCAGUUGUUCCAUAUCUCAACAAUUGGAGGAGCAAACGAUCUUCCAGUUCCAGCGUGGAAAAUGCAGAUACGGAAUCAUCCAACGCUUCAGUUGAACCAACGAAGAAACCUUCAUCUUCAGAACUUCCUGGAAUCAUCAGAGAAAAACGCUCCAUAGAUAAAGAAGAGAAACGCUCUGGAUUGGACGACUAUCUGAAAAAGCUCAAGGAAGUGCUGUCAGUACCCAAAGCAGCAGGCGAACUGGCAAAAAAGGUGAAAAUCAUGGUGGAAAAGGUGAAUAAUAUCAGCGAAAGCUUAUGCAAAAACUGUCAAGAUGACGACGAUGAGGACGACUAUUACUAUGACGAUGAUGAUGACCUUUACAGAUUCAGGCGAAACGUUGAAGAUGAAAAUCCAGAAACAACCUUCGAAGAGCUUGUAGGCCUGGUUCAAAAUAUCAACAGCCGUUUAGUUAACCGAACCAAAAGCUUAAUAAACGCGGGUUUGGAUGCGGCCAGGAAAGCUGUGAAAGUGGCCUUUGCGAUGGCUUCUGAGGGUUUAAAUCCAUCCGAAACAGCCUCAGAGGAUACCAACUUCGACAAUUCCAGCCAGACGGUUCAGAGGAUCAGACGAAGCACACCAGGCAUUCCAAUUUUAGAGUAUCUAGAAGAAGUUAAACAAUUGCUGGUAGUAUUUCUGAUGGAUACCGAAUUCAUAGUCAGCGACAUUUUCCAAUCCUUGAGCCCUCAGGGCAAAGAAGCGGUGCAAACCAUCUUAUCCGCUUUAAAAAAGGUUUUAUACAUAAUCCGGCACAUCUUCAAUGACCCUCUGGGCAGUGUUGCGCAAUUCAAGUCCUCACUGGAUCGGACCUUGAUUGAAGUGAAAAGAGUCAUUUUGGAUGUGACUGAGAAGGUGAAGGGGCAAGUGUUGAAAACUCUGCAAGAAAUCCCUCGUCUUGUGCAAGUCUACAAGUACAGACUGGAAAGAGGACGUAGAUCCUCAGAAGGAAGGGAGACUACAGAACCAAAAGAUGUUAGUAACCCAGUCCAGCACGACCCCCAACCUCCCUCUAGCAAUGCGACUACUGCAAACCCUCUGGUGAAGGGACUAAAUGGCCUCACUAACUUAACUGAAAGUGUAUCGGAAAUUCUGGAUGUGGUCUUUGAUCUAACUGAUAUAUUUUCAUUGAGAAGGAAAAGGGACAUUGAUGGUGAAGAAACUGAAGGCAAAACAUCCUUGAACAUCUUCAUUGAAGGUAUGGAAAAUGGUACCUUGCAAGUGCUGGCCAAUACAAAAGAGCUGAUCGGGCGCACGAUCCAAGAAUUGGGGCAAAACGUCGACUUGGGCUUGCAGAGGAUUUCUUCCGCUUUAAGCAGGCAAAGAAGGAGCGCUGAAGAUCAAUUCGAAGUCAUUAAAAUGUUUUUGAGGGAGUUGCUCGAAGCGAUUUCCAUUCAGCUGAAGAAAUGGUUUGAAGAAGCGAUUCUCUUCAAACGACAACUCUUGCCGUACAACGGAAAUGGUGAGGAGAUUCUUCGUGCCAUUAAAUUGAAAAUCGAUCUUGCCAGAAAAUCCAUUGGGGACUUCCUAACAGUUCCGGAUCUAUCCCCACCCAGUCUUGAGGAGUUUGAGGAAACUGAUGACAGUGAAGUAGAAAUUGAGGGGAAAAAGAUUGUGAGUAGAAAACGACGUUUUGUGCUAAUGGACACUCUUGUGGGCAUGUUGGCAGCCAAAGCAACCUCUACAGUAGCUGGCUGGAUUUAUCAAACAGCUAAUCAUUUUACAUCUGAUUAUCUGAGAAAUCCUCAAACUGAGGAACAAGACCUAAACACCAUUAACAGAAUGAAGCGAGAAUCGGACAACAGUCUUCUUACAGAAAUUAUCAGAUUUCCUGGUAGGGUACUAGAGGGCAUUAUUCAAAGGGGAAAGAAAAGGGCAGACGCAAUAAGAAAAGUGAUUACUGGACAGGAGACAGAGGAUGACUCCGAUGCUAUUUACCCAGGAAGAAGAUAGAAUAGAUUUUAAGCGAAAAUGACCUGAAAAUCCCACUUGCCUCAGCCAUUUUUGUAGCACUUUAAUAUAAACGUGUUGAAAAUAGAAUUUUUCACAACUU